UGCUGGGUCUAGCAAUCAGAGUUGAAGUUCAAAAGAACUCUAGACUUAUUGGGCAGUGUCACCGCUGCCAAAGAUAUGGUCAUGCGCAGUCUUACUGCACAGCACCUCCCAAAUGUUUAAAAUGUGCUUCCGACCACAUGAUACAUUUAUGCCCCCUCACAGGACAAGAGGAGCGAAAGUGUGCGAACUGUGGAGGGGCCAUCCCGCUAACACUCCCACUUGCAGAUUCACCCCCAGGCGAAAUCUGGAAAAUGUGGACCUAGCAACUGUGCUUAGGUCCCUUCAACAAAUAAUAAGUCCCCUGAUUAGCGCCACUCAGGCAUUGCAGGCGGUCUUUCCGCAGACAUUGAAUGGCUAAGUACAAUAGACCACCUGCAUUUAUCAUCU